UUACAAUCCCAUAUACUAAUCUGUUUGAUUGGCGACACUGAAUUUUGUUCAUUUUGUAUAUAUCCAAUGGCGGAAAGACCAGUGCCUCGCCGAGACAGCCCAUGGGGAAAUCCUAAGGAAGAAAAGCGCCAGCCUCGCGCUCACAGAUGCAAUGACCGUCUGGAGGACAUUAUACAGUCUCACAUUUCACGGGGAUGAGUUAUAUUGGGCAAUUCAAAUGAUUUAUAUGACUGGAGCAAGAACUGUUGUUAUUGCUUGUUUCGAGGGAAAUUUAUUCAAGACUCUUCCAGGUCCUAUAAGGCUUUUUAGGGAGUGCAUGAAAUCAAAUCCAGGUGAGGAGCCUACGGAGCCUUUCUUUUAUCUUAAGCUUGAUCCUCCAACAAGAAAAGAAAAGAAACCUGAAGGUGAAUUAGGGGACUGAUCCUCUUGUUCUCCAUUUAACUUCUUAUCAUAGGUCAUAAUAGCAUGAAUUAAGUCAUAUCAUUGGGUGUAUAGGAACAGUUUAGUAAAACAAAUGUAACGAUGAAAUAAUCACCGGGUACUUGUUAUGGGUAUGGGCGCAUUUUUCAUGAGUCUGGACAAAUGAAUUAAAUUGUUUUUGGUGCAACUACAAUUCUCAUUCUUUCUGAAUGCUUUGUGGCAUUUAAGUCUUAUAAUCUCAGCAUGACAUGUUUGGUUAGCAA